UUGAGAAAGAAUUAUUAAUCACAGCUAUGGAGCAUAUACGAACACCAAAGAUCGAAAAUGUUCGUCUAUUGGAUCGGUUUAAUAGUCGUAAACCAUCGGUAGGAACGUUAUAUUUGACCGCGACUCACCUGAUAUUUGUUGAUCCUGCUGGAAAGAAAGAAACAUGGAUUAUGCACAUGCAUGUUGCAUCGGUUGAAAAGCUACCUUUAACGACUGCCGGCUCACCGCUACAAAUCCGUUGUAAGAACUUCCAAGCAGCGACAUUUAUAAUCCCACGAGAGCGAGAUUGCCAGGAUAUUUUCAUCUCAUUAUGUAAAUUAUCCAAGCCAGUUGUUUUGGAGGACCUUUACGCUUUCCAUUAUAAUUCUCCUAAUUUACAAAUCAGCAAAAGUUCAGGAUGGAAUUUAUUCGACAUGGAAACUGACUACAGCAGAAUGGGCAUCCCCAAUGAUAACUGGUGCGUCUCUUCAGUCAAUAAAAACUAUGAUAUAUGUGAUACGUAUCCCCGUCAACUAUACAUGCCAACUAACGUGAGUACGCCAGUGUUAGUUGGUAGCUCAAAGUUCAGAAGUAGGGGAAGGUUACCAGCGUUAUCUUAUCUACACAGAGAAAAUCAAGCAGCAAUAUGUCAGUACAGUCAGCCUCUCACUUCAAUCAAUGCUAUGGCUAAUAAAGCCACAGGUAAAGGCUAUGAAAACACAGACUUCUACCUAGAUAUCAAAUUUCAAUUUCUGGGAAUUGAGAAUAUCCAUGUGAUGAGAGGCAGUCUACAAAAACUUAUAGAAGUUUGUGAAUUGAAGAAUCCAUCUAUGAGUUCAUUUCUGGAUGGUUUGGAAGCUAGCUCCUGGUUAAAACAUAUUAAAGCAGUCAUGGAUACGUCUGUGUUUAUAGCCAAGGCUGUUGCUGAAGAGAAUGCCAGCGUUUUAGUACACUGUUCGGACGGCUGGGAUAGAACGGCACAGACAUGCUCACUGUCUAGUAUGAUGUUGGAUCCUUACUAUAGAACUUUGCAGGGUUUCCAGGCACUCAUAGAAAAAGAAUGGUUGGCAUUUGGACACAAGUUCACUGAAAGGUGUGGUUUUCUCGAUGUCGACCCAAGGGAAGUGUCUCCAGUCUUUACUCAGUUUUUAGACGCUGUGUAUCAAUUAACGCAGCAGUUCCCCUGUGCAUUUCAAUUUAAUGAACGUUUUCUACUUACGUUGCAUGACCAUGUAUUCUCCUGUCAGUUUGGUACUUUCUUGGGCAACUGUGAAAAAGAAAGACUUGAACACAGAUUGUCUGAGGAGACAUACUCACUAUGGGGUUAUUUACAAAGCAGAAUGACAGACUAUGUCAAUCCAUUGUACAGAAAAGACCAUUCUGUCACUAAAGGAGUUAUGAUACCAAACACAAGUCCACAAUGUUUUAAAUUUUGGCGUGGUAUGUAUAAUAGAUUUGAGAAUGGCAUUCAUCCAAGAGAAUCUUUACCAGAUGUUUUAAGUGCAAUGAAAGAUCACACAACGUCCUUAGAAGAUCAUGUUACAUAUUUAGAAAAGAAAAUUGUUAGUUUGAAAAGAAUUUUGAGUCUGGACGCUGAGAAGAAUUCAAUUGAUGUGAAUGAUGAGCUAAAUGAUAAGAACAUUGUAAAUGAUAACUGCGGUGACCUUGACAGUGCAAUAGAAUCUAGUAGUGAAGACGAAGUGAUAAUGAUGACAAAUGCAAAAAGUAAUUUAGACAUCGUUACUAAAGAUCAGUUAAACCAAGCGUUUGAAUCAGUUGGCUUGGAAUGGAAGACAAUAAGAAAUGUCCGACAAUGUUCAUGUGCUUCACCGUUCGAUCAUUUCAGUAGAAGGUACCAUUGCUGGAAAUGUGGUGAAGUAUUUUGUACUAGAUGUAUCGACAAGCAAACUCCAUUACCAGGUCAUUACUCACAGAGUCCUGUAUCUGUGUGCAGACCUUGUUAUAAAGAACUCAAAAAUGGUAAAACCACUGCCACACCGACACCUACAGAUGAAUCUGAUUAAAUUCACAUGUGCUUCAGUAUUCAGUAUGUUUUGUGAAAAUGUCCAUUCUGUAGUCUAUUGCAUCAUCAUAUAUGGCUUGUUGUAGAAUAAUGCAUCACCAUAUAUGGCUCAUUGUAAUUCUUCUACAUCACCAUAU